GUACCGCAAAAUGUACCCCGGAAGUGAGGAGUGACACGUACCAGCAAAAUGGCGUCUGCAACACACCGGUAAAACUGUGAAAGUUUCUUCACCGCAAUAUCUUUGUUACAUCCGGCUACAUGUGACGAAUAAAGUCAGGAUUUGGAGAUCAGGUCUGUCUGAAGAUGUUGUGGCUGCUUCUUGUCUUAAGAGUUCUAGCUGGCGUCUCAGAAGGCCAUGGCAAGACGGUGAGAGGAGUCUUGAGUUCUGAAAGAGCUAAGGAAGAGAAGGGACAACAUCUUACAAGCUUUUGGUUCUAUGGAGAACCAACCCUCAUCCAGUACAAGUUCAAUGCCACAGUAACAUCAGACGGCAGACUGUACCUGUACCGUGAUGAUGACUGGAGGGACGCGAUGGAGAAACUCACCUGUUUCGACAAGAUCUCGGCUGCCAGGCUAUCAUUUGAUCUUGUGCAAGCGGAGUCCAACUUCACCUUUUCCAGCAGCAGUGCUGAGCUGUGGCACGUUGUGUACGCAGAGCUCAGCACAUGUCAGAUGGGGUCAUUUGUGGGACAACCCAACACCAUACAGUACCAGCUGAGACUGUUCAACCCAGACAGGGAGGGGAACCCCUUUGACCACUUCAGUACAGGGGAAAGAGAUGGACCCCAGCUGUGGCAGACUAUCUGCAAGGAAGGACCCAUGUACUUGGUGCUAAAGCUGUUGACAGUAGCCACUUCUCUGCAGUUCACUGCUGCACUUUUUAACAUGUUGCACUACCAGAGGUACAGCAAGGAUGGAGAGGGGUCGCCUUUUUUUCUCAACUUGUCUGAAAUGCUAGAGGUCCUUUCUGCACUGGUGAUGCUGUACAUGUUGCUGAACGUGGCCAUGGGAUGGACGCUGGCAGGGUCAAAAGCCACCAAGCUGUCCAACCUGAAGAACAACCCUAUUGUAACAAUAGUAGUGCUGGGACUUGGUGCUGUACAGGCAGUCCUUGCUCUAUGGGAACAGUUCCAGUCAUCGGAACACCAGACCUACCACGCCCACAGGAGUGCCGUAGGCCUGUCCUUAGUGGUGCUGAGACUAGUGUUAGCGCUUGUGUUUGGAGGGGCCAUCUAUCAAACCAUGGCCAAGGAGAGGAGCAGCCUCCGAAGAGAUUUCUACCUCAGUUUUUUCAAGAGUUGUCUGUUGUGGUUUCUAUGCUACCCAGUGAUCGUGGUUAUAGCAUAUCUGUUUCCUGGCCACCUCAGGAACAAGAUUGUAACAAGUGGUGUAGUUAUAUGUGAGUCUUUAGCAGUUGUCCUUCUCUACAAACUGUUCCUGUCCCGUAGCCUGUACUGGGAGGUGUCUGCCCUGUCAGCACUGUCGCUGCCUCUCAGGAUGGACAGGAGUUUCAACAAGAAGAGCUACUCUUGAAAUAUGUAUUAUGUCAUGCAAAAUGCUUAACUUAUAGUCUAUUUCUCUAAGGCUUAGGUCCCAAUUGUAAAAAGGAAACCUAUCGGGUAGUUCACAGGCUGUUUUUUUCUUCAAUUUUGGACGUGACCCCUAUGUGGCCCCGUGGUACCUAGUCACAGAAUGAUAUAUAUAGAGUGACUCCCUGGGUAUUUGGGGGCACAGCCAGGCACCGGGAUGAAUUUAAGUUGGACUUAUAUGAACACGGGACCUGGUAACAAAUAGGCACCAUGACCUACCCGUGGGUAACACUAAGGGGUGCCCCCGGUAUCCGGCAGUCCACCGGGACAAAUUUGUGGCUUCGGAGCCUGGCUGGGGCUACAUACCUGACGGGCACUGCUGCAAUUGGGACCUUAGCCUAAACCAAUCUAAUGUCUCAGUUCUUGAUUUUGGGUUGAUAACUUGAUACAUACCCUGAACAGCAUAAGCUUAAGGCAACAUCAAUUUAAUAUAUGGUUUUUUGACUGACAUUUCUUUGCAAAGAUUCAGCAAGCCGUCAAGAAAAAAACAAAAGGCAGGGAGAAAAACUUGCUUUAUUUAGUCCUGAAUGCAAUAUGUUGAUUUUACAUUAAGGAGUCUUUUCAAAUCUUAUAACCAACACAUUACGGUAAUCUGAUGGGGUCAAAAUCAAAAGAGCCAAUUCAAGAAGUGGAAUUAGAUUGGUUUAGCUUUACCAAGGAUUAAGGGUGCAUAAUUUUUGCCUGGGUAUAAACUAAACGUUGCAUACUCUGCCCAGGGCACAAGGACGCAGACACCAAUGGAUGGACAUACAAAUGUGCUGCAUACCUUACACAAAAUGUGGCUUGCUGUCACCUUUUCCUUUGUCACUCACUUUCUCUAUGUGAGGGCCUCUCUACUCAGAAGGUGAUAUAUGUAUACCUACUUUGAAAGUGCAGCUCACUCAAUGGCUUUUGAUGUAUCAACCACAACAGCCAUCAGUUCAUAUUUUAUUUCAUCUUUUCAGUUUCAUCUUAAAUGUACAAUGGACCAUAAAGCAAGAUAACUAAUGUUAACUGUAAUACUACCAAACAUGUUUUGGAUGAGAGAGUGUCCUUUAAGAGAAUCAAGCUAUCCCAUCACCAAACGUAAA